AUGGAGCCCAACAACCACGAGGCUCUGGCUCUCCUGCUUCAUGCUAUCCAUGGACACACCGACAGGCUUCCAAAGGACGAUAUUAAUUUUCCAUUGUGUACAUCCCCGGUGGAGUUACAAGUGGAGUAUCGAUGGCUACCUCAAUGGGAAUCCCGAGCGGCCGAGAGCAAUCCUGAAGAACUCCUCCUUAUUGCGUACACAUUUGGCGCAAGAGAUCUGUUUACACGUAUUUCUCGAAGCAUUAUCCUUAACUCGAAAGACGAUGGUGAUACUCAAGGUACAAAACUUUGGCCACAGGUUAUCAAGGAUACGAUUAGAGCGCGAAGGGCUAUAUACAUGGAACAAAUCCUCGAUUAUUGUGCAAGCUUCACUCAUAUUGGUGUCUGUGAUUUUGCUCCUAACUUUAGGAGCAAAAUCAAUGACAUCUCGAACACCAUCAUAGGCCUUACGCUUCACGAUAUCUCCGGCAAACAUGGAUGGGCAUUAAGUAAGGGUAGGGGUCCACAAAAUAUGGCCUCGGAAGAGAUCUUUGAGCUGCCAGCUCAAAUCAGUACAAAAGGGUGUAUUGUCGAGGCCGAAAAAGCAAAAGAAGUGGCCAGAGACGCCAUUAGCCUACGCAUUCUGUCACUCCUCGAUAAUUACGAGGAUCUUCAUGCAGCGGCAAUGAUCGAUAAGAUAUUUUACAAGGCCUAUAUAAAGAAUGAAGGGAGGUUACUCCGAAACAUAGUAAAGGCCGGGUUGAAAAAUGUCUCCUCAGCAGCCGAAUCGGAAAUUAGCCCAGCAGACAGGACGAUACAGGAUACUGUAGAGCCUUUGGAAGCCACUGCUGUUGAUCUUAUCGAUGACUCUGAAUCUGCAGUGUCUUCCAUUUCGGAGAGUGAAGACUUUACUGCCCCUGAUGAGGAUCCAUACGAUGUCUCACCACCAUUAACACCAACUGACAUCUCUGCAAUGCCUAUACCUACAUCCGAAGAAGAGGCUCGAGAGCUCCUCAUACGGAACGUUGAAGCUACCAGUCGGGCGUGGGCUACGAGAGAUUCGCUGCAGCCUCAAAGAAGGAACGAGGAUUCGAUUCAAAACGAAAAGUUCCUGGCGGGUGACUUUUCUCAUGUAGAGGAUAAAGCUUUAAUAGAGGAAGAGAGAAAACCGUUACGACUUGAGAGGGAUGAUGCUAUGAACGUCCUGAGACAGUAA